GCAUGCUCGCACUCAUAUGUGCUUUUCGUUAUUUAACCAAUUUUCGUUCAUUACACUUAUGCUCCGAAGGCUGUUUGCCCACCGCCUACAGUGAUAUUGUGGUUCCUGUUGUUACAACCUAAGAUUACACUGAAGCAGGGUUUGGAUACGGGCUAGUUGGUAUUCCAACUAGCCCGUUGGAAGUCGGCGCUUGUCAUCGUUGUUCUUUUGGUCCCUGUCUAUGUACGCGCUGUAAGUGAUGUUUGAAACUAAGAUUACAAGCUUAAGUGUCCCGAACGCAACCCUGUCGUUCAAGCAAAGCGCGCAUGCAUUGCGCUUGUUUGAGCAGUCAAAUUUUUAAUUGGCCUGUGUGUUGAAUUUUUUUUUCGAUUUGCCACCGAAAUUUUGACAUUCUGUAGUUUCCGCCCCCUGCGUCAUUCCUUACGGUUUAGCGUGGCUCAUGUAACUUCAUAGCCCGAAUGUUAUUUCAUACGCCGCGCCUAUUUUGCCGGCAAAAAAUUAUUGAGCCCUUCUUUGCCGGCAACCAUCAUUGUGGGCAAGGCGAAAGUUACCGGCAGUUUCUUCCCGUAGUAGCUGUGCGUCACCACGUGAGUUGUACGCCGGCGCAUUUCCGCGGGGGCGCGAAGGGGGCUUCUGCCUCCAAAAGGCAGAGGCUGUUUUCAUGUGGCUGCGGUAAUCAGUUCACCGUGGCUAGUCACCGCGCAUAUGGUGUAACAGUCUGUCGCCUGUCUAGCAGCGUCAACAUACUCUACGGUUGGGUGGUCUUGAAAGGUGCAGCCACCAGUGGGGCACUGGCAACAUCCGCAGCAGGCAAGCGUAAGCCCUGGGAUCUUCAGGGCCGUCUGCAUGAUCUUGAGGAGUGCAUGAAAAGUGUGACUGGCGAGAAGGAGCAGCUCAGCCAGCAGAGCACCAGCCGGCUGCAAGAGCUCGAGAAAAUCAAUGCUGAGCUUCAGGCCGAGCGGAACAAGAAUGCGCAGCUGACCACAAUAGUCUGCGAACUCGAGUCUGCUCUCAGCUCGUGGGAGGCCGGAAAGCAGUCGGCUUGUGCGGAGAGGGACUCCCUGUCCCUGCAGCUGCGCUCGGCCACGCAGCAGGUGGCCACUCUGGAGCGAUGUCUGGCCGAUGCCACAGGAGCGCUUGCUGGUCUUCGAUGUGAGCGUGCUGUCCUCAUGGCACAGCUGGAGUCUGUCCAUGAGCUCCGUGCCAGAGUGGCAGAGCACGAGGAGCAGAUCAACGCCGCCGAGCUGGACGGCCGCAAGUUACACAACACGCUGCAGGAGCUCAAUGUGCGUUCUGUAACAGGGGCCAUAUUCACAACCACCUUUAACUUGUGACUUUUGCCCUCUAAACUUUGAAAAUUCUGCGAAAUGCUAGAGUGCUUCAAAAAAUUACUGCUUCUGUCAAGCACUUCUUGAACAUAGUAAAAAAACUUCGCUUAUUUGUCAUAGCGGCUUCAGUGAACUUGCGCGCCAAAUAUUACUGCACUGCAUGCAGCAGGGACUUUACAGUCUGGUGUCAAAUACAGCAAAAAUCGCUUGCUUCCACUUCCACAAUGCCAUCAUUCAGCAUUGUCUAAAGCAUCUGGACCCACUAAUGCUUUUGGCUGAUCUUGUGAUAGCGAAAGCAUUCUCAGUAGUACAAAAUUGCUAAUUUUUAGGUAAAUGAAACAUGCAUAUCGCUGCUACCUCAAAAAAAAAAAAACAGGAAAAUCAUUUCGUCUUUGCACUGCGCGUAGCUGUGCCUGCUUUGUGAGGCCUCUGAGAUGGCAGCGAGGUGCUGUGACAUUAAUCUUUUGACUGGGGCUUGCCCUCUUGGUUUUUGUGCUGUCUAGCUUCCAGCACGAUAGCGGAGACGAAAAGAGAAAGCAGGGUGUCGAUGCAGUAACUCCACUAGUAGUUCAAGGAUUAAAAAAAUAUUUGCACCGUGAGAUUCAUCAGGCGACAUCCUUUAACAGUGAGAUCAUUCUAUCAGCAGUCGGAUAAGUGUUUCAAGGACCGUUUAUUUGACCCUGACGGGACUGACAAAAUUGAUCAAGUUAUCUGGUGGGUCAAAUUAAAGAAGAUAUAGAAAAGCAAAGCAUCAAAGCUAUGUUCGCACCACUGAGCAGCAAGACAACAUAGUGAACUUUCUCCAGAACAACUGUGACGACAGUGUCAUACGUGUGGAGUGCCUGUUUACUGGAUUCCUCAUCGAACACAACCUACCUGUUAGCGUCAGCGACUACGUUAGGCCUCUUCUACGGAAAAUGUUUCCGAAAUGCGACGAGGCGAAGCGUCAUGGACGUGGACGCCACUCUGAAACACAACUCGGAAAAAUGCAGAGGUGGCCAACCUGAAAUUUGUUUCACAGGCAUCGCUCUCAAGUCCAUUUCCUUAUUCAGAGUUUCCCUCAGCUGCAGCCCCAAGAUUCCAAUGAUCUGCUGAAGAUUCUUUAGAUGCUCUCGAAGCUGAGUUUGCCACACUACAGGCAUAGUCUUCAAGAGCAUAUUCUGAAUGAAGGUUGGCACGCAGUGGUCUAUGGUUGGAAAAAUGAAAAACACCGAUGUGAAAUAUGUUUCAUCGUGUUGCUCAGGUGAUGCUCGAUUUACUCGCGAUACUGCAUAGCAAGGCAGAGUGUGAGAGGAUUUUAGCCCGGCGCGAGAAACUAGAACUGACUUCCGCUCAUCAAUGUGCAACACAACCCUCCAACACCUACUGCUAGUGAAGGGCCGUCACUCUGGACCAUGUUUUGAGCAAAGCUACUCCGACAAAUUUUUGAAGUGAGCAAAGUCUGCUAUUGCAAGGUCCCUGCAAAAAGACUCGUCGAACACUG